AUGGGUUAUCCUACUAAGCCCCACCUUGAGCGCCGCCACCAUUGUCGAGAACAUUUCACUCUCAACCAAUGGACACAGUUGGCUGGUAAAAACCUAACGAAGUCAGCAUCUGAAGCAACCCCACCUAGGCCAGCAUUUCCAGUGCUAGCACAGGCUGAGCAGGCACAGCAGGACGAGAGUCCCAUAGAGUCUAUUCCACCCGCCCCUACUGCACCAUCUAUGCCUCAGGCCACCUCUACUGAUCCUCCUGCUACACUUCCUGUUCCACCAGCUGCACCUCCUACAUCGGAGGACUUUAUCACUGUAUCUGGCACGAAGUUUCAUGCCAUGCAUCUGGAACUUUCACCACCUCAGACUGACAUUCCUGGACCAUCAGAGCCCAUAGCUCUAGCUAAGGAGACGACUCCAGCUUAA